AUCUAUUCAAAAAGACCUACAUACUUUUACAAAUGAAUGUAAAUGUGCAAACUUAAAACAUAAGAGUUUUUAAAUGUAUGAAAUGUGUAUUAAUCUAACUGUUUGGGAUUGAUGUUUAUUUUGUAUUUCUCAAACUUCAACAUGUUCAACUGUAUGGCCUCAUUAAAAAUUCCCUCUUGGAACCCCAUCAUAAUCGCUGUAACGUGUAACCUUUGCACAUUUAAAACAUAGUUUCCGCUGCCUGUGAUAUAAAACCAGGUUAGGACGAUAUUGGCAUCUUGCAACUAUUCUUUUGAUAAAAAUGAGUACAACUGAAAGCUCUGAGUGGAGUUUUGGCUGGGGAAAUUUCGGAAAUCCUCUUGAGAAACUAUUCGGAAAAGAAGACACCGAAGAGGAAGAAGAUCCUUCAAUAUCUUUAAAAAGAGCCACGAUGGUUUUAGUCAUUUGCUACAGUAUAAUAGACUCACUGAUAAUUACUUCCAAUCUGUUGACUUUAUCGAUGAUAAUUUGCACUAGACUGCGCUGUAGUCUUUUUUAUUUAAAAAUCUUAAUAUGCUCAAUCGGUGAUAUAAUCUUUGGAGUUGUUUUGGCAUUUGCUGUUCUUGAAUUAAAGGACAAUAGGCGUGCGUGGUACUAUGGUGAUGUAUUCUGCUACAUUACAAAAUAUAUUUCGGCGACUCAUCUUAUUUUCAUCUCCUUUUCACUGUGUGCCUUAAUUUCCGACCGAAUCAUAAAGGAGACUAUUCAGCACAAGGUGGCGCUGUCCUGCAUUCAUGUUUUCCUGCUGACGUUGCCAUUCGUUGCCACAUACCUAGUUGCCGUGCCAGUUCUCGUUUCAAACGAUAUUGUCAUAAUUACAAACCUAACAGACACGGACAAAAAAGAUUAUACAUUUUGUCGGUAUUCACAAGAUUAUGAAUCACACAAAAUCAUAGCCGUAUCAAUUUUAGACGUUAUGCACAAUACUAUUUUCCUGCCAUUUAUUAUUAUUUUAUCAAUAACAUUAAUCAGCAGACGAAAACGAAGACAUCCCACGAACACCUCUGAAGCCAUGGACGAUACAUAUAUUAAGCGUGGUAGCAAUGAACGUAGUUCAUGUAACGCUAACUUGUCAUCGGGUAUGGUAGUAAUCAUCAUCACCAUCGUCACAGUUUUCUGUACAAUACCAAACUGCGUUCUUCACUUCUGUUCUCCUGAUUGUCUUAAUGAAGACACGAUGUAUAGUGUACCGCAUUAUCUUUAUAUGUUGUGUCUUGUACCAUCAAUUGUAAGGCCAUAUUUGUGGUUGAUGGACAAAAAGAUGCGACAAGUUGCAGCAAAAAUUUGCUGUUUCAUUUGUAGAAAGAACCAAUUGACAUAACAGUUUAUAUAAAUGUAUAUAGCGUUAUAUUUUGUGUUCAAUAUGUGAAAAUCAUUUAAGUGCCUUACUAAUAAAUUCAAGUAAGAAUGCU